AUGCCUCCCAAGAAGGGUCCGCGUAAGUCGAUGCCUGCGCGCAUCAAUAAGGCGCCUACAUUGACACCUUCUCGGCGCUCGCCCCGAGUACCGCCGCCGUCAAAAAGUACAAAUGAGAGCAUACAGCCCCCAAAGCCGUUGAACCUUACACCCGCCUCCCCUCAAGACAACUCGAUUAAUAUUCGGUUUUACACUCCCAAUCCACCUGCUCCAAAUCCUCGGUUACGUGCCAGUUCUCCAGAAACACCUUCAUCACGUCGGCGGGUCUUUCAGUCUCGUCCAUCACGUCUUUCAACUGUUUUCACUCCAACCGUAGACCCUCCGGUCACCACCCAGAGUAGUCGACGCACGAGAAGAACAGCUGCACUUGAAACACCCAAAAAGGAUAUUUCCGAUAUCGACUUCCCAGAAAGCGCUGACAGUACUGGUUGGACCAUUGACCAGUAUAUGGGCAGCUUUGAAUCUGAAGGAACAGUCGACGGCCAAUCAAGUCCUACCAGUACCUCCGACAUGCGGAACUCAUCCCGCAUUCGCAAGCCCACCAUGAGGGCCAUUGAAUCUUUCGAAUCGACCAAGAAACAAGUUCGCCGCAAGAACACAACUGUAUCCUCCCCGACUGUGGAAACGCCUGAUCCUCUAACCACCAAGGUUGCGACGAACAAGGUUGUGAAGACGCUCACCAAGAAAACCAGAAAAUCAAAGAGAGUUUCCAACUUGAACCUGCGCAAGAAUGCCAUUUUGAUUGGUUUUGAUAUUGAUGUGAACAUGGCUGGCGCAAGGCUGUAUGAUCUGACCAUUGAAGCCCUGGGUCCACACUUCACCAUUCCUGUCAAUUUCCCCGCAUCCUGGGAGGAACAGCGUGAUGAAUACUUCCGUCGGCAGGAUGAAGAAAAAUAUGGAGUCGACCCAGUUGUCACAAAAACAACCUCACCCACCGAUGUCGAUGUCGACAUGGUAGACCAAGACCUCUCAACGCCAGCGAUUUCCCCAUCUCCUCCCACUACUCCGGCCGUAAUCCCAAAGGGUCCAAGCAUCCUGAACUAUGAAAAGCAAUCUGAUCCAAAGACCAACAGCGAUGGCUGGAUCCAGUCUGGCCAUGUCAACACCAACGGCGAAGAGAUCGUCCUGAUUCCCGAGCAAUAUCACCCUUACUAUUCAGCUCAUACGUACGGCGAUGAGACUCUUCCUUUCCCACCCGUGUGCGCCAGAAGUGGCCAGCAGGCCGAGGCCGACUCCAUUCACGGAUUUGCCCCGCUCAUGGGCCAACGCAAUAUCCCAUCCGAUGGGUUGGCUCCAUUCGUCACUGAGAACGUUGAGGAGGAAAAGGCCAGGGUUCAGGUUCGGACUCCUGCGCCAGCCCCGGAAACCAAGAAGCCCCGCGUCCGAAAGCGCCGUCAGACCGCAGCUGCAGAUGCCGCCGCCGAGCCUAGCGCUGUCACCGCUGUUCCCGAGACCACUGAGAAGGGUGGACGCAAGUCAGAACGCCGCCGUCGCCUAACUGCCCCUGCCCCCACUCUCCUCCCUCCCACCUCUCCCACCUCUCCUCCGACCACUGCGACCCCGGUCCAGUCUUCGGGUCCGGCUGCCGCCGUCACCACCGCUGCUACCACCAAAGGCAAGAAAAAGCCCAAGGUACAGCGGCUCCGGUUGACCUUGAAGCCGGAAUCCAAGACUGAGACCUCCGGGGGUGAAACCUCUAUCGCCAAAGAGGCCCCCGCCGUGCAGUCCCCUCCCUCUCCCGACCUCUCACGUGCGCCGUCCUCCGCACCGACCAACAAACGCCGCCGCCGUCGGGGCGCGUAA